CGUGAGGCGGCUUCCAGCCCCUUUACCUGGUUCUUUGUUCCCUUUCGCCUAUUUAUUGCACGCCCACCACUCCGUCUUGUCUAUGUCCUCCGUCACACUCUACAUCCCACGUGCCCCUCCUCUCACAAGGGAGCGGGUCUUUUCUCGCAUUUGUGGACCGCUUAAAAUUGCCCCUCUCUCUGCCUCCCGAUCCGUCCCUCCCAAGCGCUGGCUGCAGGAUCCUCCUUCCCCUUCCCAUCCUCCGAGUCCGAGGCGGCUCCGUUUGGCAUCCUUGGAACCGCUCGCUUUCUCUCUCGGGCCGCUCGGACCCGGGAUCUGCCCGCGAAGAGAGGGACACACCGUGUGCUCCCUCAGUCCUUUUCUAAGCUUUACAUGCCUGUAUAAGAGCCCUAUUGUUCCAACCCCUCAGGCACUCGCUCUGUCGACCCCCCGCCAACUUCCCACGACGGCCUCCAGACCCCCCUGGCCGAAAAGCCGGAGUCUAGCUCUGAGCCUCGCGGCCUGUCAGAGGGUGGAUUGUAUUUACUCUUGUCAAGAUUACACGUCUUUAUCAAAUUUAUGCCGCAUUCGUUUUAUCCAACUCUUCAAUUACACUCAGCGGGAAGCACCACCCACCAUCGCCGCCGCUCCUCCCUCUACCCCGCCCCUCCUAGACGGGCCCGGGCUGAGAUGAAAGUACCCUCGGCUGUCCUGAGUCAAGGGAGCUGUCUCUUCCUCCCGCACGCUAAAACCGCUGCCGAUGACACCACUUCCGCCACUGCCCGGGCCCUUGACACGGCCCCGCCGACCGUUCGACCCCACCAAUGCCUCCUGCACCUCCCUCCCUUCCUCGCCCUCCUCCUGCCACCGCUCAUCUGGAUGCUGGUCCGCGGACGGGCGGAAAUUCAGCUUCAUGUAGUAGGCGUCCGCGCCGUCUUGGUAAUAUUUCUGAACCGUCUCCACCACGCGGUAGCCCAGCGAGUUCAAGUAGAGCUUCUGCGCCCCCCGGUUGCUGCACCGGACGUGGAGGGUGCUACAGUCCACCCCAUACCGGAACUUCAUCUGCACGUGCAAGAUUUCCAUCAGCUCCCGUGCAAUACCCAGACGGCGAAAGUCGUCCAGUACAGCCAGAGACGAGACGUGGCCCGUUUUCCGUCCCGGGUAGGCGCCAGCUGCGGCCGCGGCCCCUCCAAGGGGGGUGGAGGCCGG